CUCUCUAAUCCUUCAAGUUCAAUUUUCUUUUUCUUUUUUCUUUUUUCUUUUUUUCUUUUUUUUAAUCGAUUCCCAAAUCACAAAAGUUACACAACAGAAACAGUUACACAGACACCCAACCCGUUUCAGAUUCCCCCCAAUUCUCACACAAUCUCUUCCUUUUCGCAUCUUUACCCCCCAUUCGACAUCGUUUUCCAUUUCUUUAUCCCCUUUUUUCACAACUCUUAAAUCAUUCGCGCUUGCAUUUCUGUUUCCUGGAUUCUUCAUCACCCUGAAAAAAUAACAGUUACCUCGAUACAGCGUUGGGUUUUCCAAUUCAGGGCAUUUUGGGUUCUGGGUCUUAGGUUAGUUUCUGAUCGGGGAAGUUUCCGCGUGGUGGGGUUGUGAUCACUUUGCAAAGUUUGUUCUUUUAGGGUUUUUAAUUUGAUUGAGUUUGGGGGAAUAUGGAAUCGAGUCGAAGAGCUGUGGAGUCGUAUUGGAGGUCGAGGUUGAUCGAUUCAGCUACUUCGGAUGAAGAUAAGGUCACUCCGGUUUACAAAUUGGAGGAAAUCUGCGAUCUUUUGAGGACAUCACAUGUUAGUAUUGUGAAGGAGCUUUCAGAGUUUGUGUUGAAGAGACUCGAUCAUAAGAGCCCAAUUGUGAAACAGAAGGCUUUAAGAUUGAUAAAGUAUUGUGUUGGAAAAUCUGGUGUAGAGUUUAGAAGGGAAAUGCAGAGACAUUCAGUGGCAGUUCGUCAAUUGUUUCAUUACAAGGGACAGUUGGAUCCUUUGAAAGGUGAUGCACUAAAUAAGGCUGUGCGAGACACGGCUCAUGAGGCUAUCUCUGCCAUCUUUUCAGAAGAAAAUAAGCCAGUGGCAGCGCCUACUGAAGAUAUUAACAGGCGAAUUCAAGGGUUUGGGAAUACAAACUAUGAACCACCAUCAGAAGAUAAGAAAUCUUUUAUUAGUGAGGUAGUCGGUAUUGGAAGUGCAUCAAUUAAGCAAGGACUUAGUAGCUUAACACAGGGACAUUCACUAAUGAAGAAUGAUACUGGAAGCUACAGGAGUCCAAAUCUUCGAAGGUCAUUGACCAUAGAAGAAGAACGUGGUGAGAGAUAUGAACCGGUUAAAUACCGAAAUGAAAAUCAGAGUAGUUUUGAGCUUCCAAAGUCCAGUGGUCCUUGGAGUCAGGAUUCAAGGGUAACUAAGACGGAAACAUCAAAUGGUGAUUCUGGUGCAAGUUAUUCGGAAGGUAAGACAAGGGAGGAUAGGUUGCUGGAGACAAUUGUAACUUCAGGGGGUAUUCGGCUACAACCCACUCGAGAUGCUAUUCAAGUUUUCCUAACAGAGGCUGCCAAGUUGGAUGCUGUGGCUUUAUGUCAUGCCCUUGAACCAAAGCUUCAAUCUCCCAUGUGGCAGGUUCGCAUGAAAGCUGUUUGCGUGCUCGAAGCCAUGCUUAGAAAGAAGGAUGAUGAUCAUUUUUCAUUUGUUUUUUCUUACUUCACUGAAAACAGUGAUGCAGUGGUGAAAUGUUCAGAAUCUCCCCAAUCUUCUUUGAGGGAAAAGGCAGUCAGGGUUCUUGGGCUUCUAGGUGUAGGCCACUCAAAUAGCUCUGGUAUUAAUUCAGAGAAGGCCGUGAAGACAGAAAGUACUACUGCUGUUGAGUUGCCUGACUUGAUUGACACAGGAGAUUCAAAUGAUAAUCUCGAAAUGGAGAAUACUACAAAGAAUGUGCUUGAUCAGAAUAUAGAAAAUUUUACAUCAUCCAGACCUCCUCUGGUUGAUGAUUUAUUUGGAGAUUUUAGUGGUUCUGUUGGAGCUACUAAUGAACCAAAAAAUGAUGACGACCCUUUUGCUGGUGUGUCAUUUCAUACAAGUGAGAAGAAAGAACAUGCAGCUGAUCUCUUUUCCGGGAUGGAAGUUGGUGGUGAUAAACCAGUUGAUCAUGGAGGUCGUGGACAGACAAGUAGGAGUGAUCCCCAACCCUUUGACCUCUUUGCUUCCAAUCCUGAGCAAACAAAUCAUAAAGAAUUUGUUGGUGAUUUAAUCGGUGGCUUGUCAUUAGAGGAAAAUACCUCAAGUUCAAAUCAUAAACCAUCUCCCCCUACGACAACAAUGCAAUCGGAAUCUUUAUUUUCAGGUUUAAAUAGUCAGGUUCCAGAUAAUAAUUUAGGUGGCAUGUUGGGUUCCCAGACAGUUGGGUUCAAUGUAAAUCCCAUGUUUCCUACGGGUCAGCUGCCUUAUGGUGUGCAGCCCGGUAUGAUGUUGAACCACCCGUAUGCUUCUCAGCCCUUUAAUUAUGGUGCCAUGGGGACUCUCUUGGCUCAGCAGCAACUCCUUGCAACAAUGGCUAAUUUCCAACACCUUAAUAAUGCCAACAUGCAAAAUGCUAGUGCUGCUCAAAUGACUGGACCCAAUGGAAGUACACCUCUUCCCGAUAUAUUUCAACCAAAUUUCUCAAACCAACCUCCUACCUCACUGAUGAACAAUUCAAAGAAAGAAGAUACUAAAGCAUUUGACUUUAUCUCGGACCACAUUGCCUCUGCCCGUGAUUCAAGGAGAGUGAUUUGAUAUAUAGACCUUGUGUUGGAUUGGUGUGGCUUUCUAUGAGAAAAGAGGUUAAUUUUCUUACAGUUAUGGAAGCAUUUCAGGUCAUAUUCUACAUGUUCUUGUUAGCAAAAACACAAUAAAACAAGAGAAAACAUUUUGGACACGGAAGAAGUUCAAAAUUGUUACCAGAAUUGAACAUACGAGAAUGUUGUGUAGUGUUAUACUUUUCUUUUCUUGUCUAUUUGGAGUUGUUUCCGUUGAGUAUGUAUGUAGGUAAUAGUUGAGAUUUUGCAGUUGUAAUUCAGGCCAUAAGAGCAAUACAAUUUCUCUUAUUUGAGGUGUGUUUGUAGUAUGCCUUAAA